UGCUUUACAUACAUUUUAUAUUUGCUUUCCUUAAUUUUCUCAGCCCCAAGCCUAAAUAUCCAUCUCCAACUUUACUACCUAACACUAUGACCUACUCAAUUAAAAUUCUUCCUUUUGUGUCACUUUUAUUGCCAGCGGAGUUACCCUACGUCGGAGCUCAGCCACCGGGAAAUUCCCAAAAUGACCCGUCUGCGAUUAAGCAAUUCAAUACAUCGUUGUCAGUCUUCCUCGGGGUCUUCAUGUCCGUGUUCUUCUUUAUAGGAUUCUUCGCCGCCAUCUACACUGUAUACUGCUCCAAUGCGCAGGGAGCAGAGAACAGUGUCAGACUCGGAGCUGCAACUGGAAGAUCUAGUAGGAGGAAUGCGCGUGGACUCGAUGCGGCGGUGCUUGAGACGUUCCCGACACUUGAUUAUUCUGCGGUGAUAGGACUCAAGAUCGGGAAAGGGGCGCUGGAGUGUGCCGUGUGUUUGUGCGAGUUCAAAGACGACGAAACGCUGCGUUUAAUCCCCAAGUGCGAUCACGUUUUCCACCCCGAGUGUGUUGAUAUGUGGCUCGAGUCACACACCACUUGCCCCGUUUGCAGAGCUAAUCUAGUACCCGAACCCGACGAGUCCCUCCACAGAUUAGAGCUCCUCACCGAGAUAGACAUCGAAUCCCAAAACGGUGCCGCUGUAGUGGAACCGGCGGUUGAAGAAGGAACCAUAGAGGAACAACUUCCGACGUCAGUGCCCGUUAUGGAACCAGAAGUUUCAAAUUUGAAAGAGACUUUAAAUCGUAACCGUCCACAUGAAUCUCAAUCAAGCAGGAGGCGUAGAUUUUUUGGGCGGUCUCAGUCGUUGCUCCAACCGGGAGAUAACACAGAGCGAUUCACUCUGAGGUUACCGACCGAUGUGAGAAAAAAGAUAAUGCAUCGUCAAUUGGAACGGGCCACGAGUCUACUGGUGUUGCCUAGAGCAAAUAGUUCGAGGAGUGGCAGAGGUGGGCGGUUCGGUUGACGGUUGGACUGGUUGACUAAGUCGGACCGGUGGAAUUUCUCGUUGAGUUUUUCUAGUAGAAUGUCUUCCAUUAAAUUGCCAAAGCUAGAGAAAAAUGAUGGUGAAGGGACCUCAUUGGAUCCGGAUGUGCCACGAAGCAUGUCGGUCCGGGCCACGGCAUCAAACUCUGCUAACCAGGGAACUAGCCUUCGCGUAGCUUAGACCUUCCGCCUAUGUCCCUCCACUCCUCUGCCGAAGAAGAAAGUCAUAUAUCGAGAAAAAUAUUGGAGCUUUGCCAGCGGCCAUUGGAGAGGUGCUUUGGAGUUGGAAAUGGUGGUGAUGAGCUUCUAUGGCAUAUGGGCUUCAAGCCUUACGCUUCAGGAGACUAUUCCAUAGUUGUGGUUCAAGCCAAUUCAUCUCUUUGAAGAUCAAGGACAGGUAUUCGUCGUUGUAGUUGAUUGAAAUAGUAGUGGUCUGAACGUCCAAAUAGGGGAGGUGUCCAUUUAGAAAAGCUUUACUUGUGAUGUAUAAUUUCAGCUAAGUUUAAUUUAAAGUAAAAAUGAAUUUAAUAAUAUUUGGUUGUUGGUUGUGUUGAUUGAUUUGGUCUGAGAAUCGUAGAGGAUUUUUUGCUAUUUUGUUUAUUAUUGUGAUUGGGUUUGUAAAGUGGUUUAGGCGAUUUUUUUUUGCUAAGGGGUUUGAUUUGUAUGGAGUUGGAUUUAUUAUAUUUUGAAAUAGCAUGGAUCAACUUCUUCGUUCGA